ACGUCUAUUUAUAUGUUGGGUGAGUACUAACUAAUCAAUAAAUAAGUUUGACAUUAUUUGAAGGAUCAAUUAGAAAGUCGAAAAAUGGCAGCAAUUCCACAAGUGAGUUUGAUCGGUUGUGAAAAGUCGAUGCCGGUGAUCGGUAUGGGUACUUCUUCGUAUCCUCCGGCCGAUUUAGAGACUGCCAAAACUGCUAUAUUAGAAGCCAUAAAAGCCGGAUAUCGCCACUUCGACACGGCUUUUGCUUACGGAUCGGAGAAGCCCCUCGGUGAAGCCAUCGCCGAAGCUCUAAGUCUCGGUCUCAUUAAAUCACGCGACGACCUCUUUAUCACAACAAAAUUAUGGUGUAGCUUCGCUCAACGAGAUCAAAUUGUUCCUACCUGUAAAAUGAGCCUCCAGAACCUUAAGUUGGACUACGUUGACUUGUACUUAAUACACAUGCCACUGAGGUUGAGUCAAAUGAUACAGAAGACACCAGUUGAUAAAGAAAUCAUACAUCCUUUGGAUAUGAAGGGAGUUUGGGAAGGCAUGGAAGAGUGUCAAAAAUUGGGUCUCACAAAGGCCAUUGGUGUCAGUAAUUUCUCUUGUAAGAAGCUAGAGGAAGUCCUUUCCAUUGCCAAAAUUCCUCCAGCAGUCAAUCAAGUUGAGAUCAAUCCCGCGUGGCAGCAAAAACAACUAAGAGAAUUCUGUAAGGCGAAGGGUAUUCAUAUAACUGCAUACUCGCCACUUGGUGCAAACAAUACUAAUUGGGGAGACAAUAGAAUUAUCGAAAGCGACGUGUUAGCAGAUAUCGCCAAGGCUCGAGGAAAGACGACCGCUCAGGUAGCACUGAGAUGGGUUUAUGAGCAAGGAGUGAGUUUGGUGGCAAAGAGCUUCAACAAGGAGAGAAUGAAAGAUAAUUUACAAAUAUUUGAUUGGUCUCUAAGCGAGGAAGAGUUGGAUAAAAUCAGCAAAAUGCCACAACGUAAAGGUGUUAUUUUGGCCUCAGUUUUUGGACCACAUGAUUUUGUGCUACAGUUGGAUGCAGAAGUCUAAUUAGAGCAUGUUUGGCUAAGUUUAAAAGGAGCUGAUAAGCUGCUUUUUUUAUAAAUAAGCAGAAAUGCAAACUCCACUGGUUAGUGGAAAAGGUCUGCCAUCUUGGACGGACAUUGACGUAUAUUACAACAAUUUUCAGUAGUUCAGCAUGUAGUAAUAUCCUGUUUAGUUAUAAGAAAAGCUUUGUUUUAUUAACUAUAUAUUUUUCGAUAUUAAAAGUCUCUUCUCAUGAUGAAGUAUUA